CUUGAACAAAAUCACUUCCGUUUCCGCUUUGCUCCGGUCAGGCUGGUUGCUGGGGGCGCUCUACAUUUCCCCCUCGCUCUAUGGCAAUACCAUGAAUGGUGUGUCCUCUCUAGGUAUUGGCGCUCUAUGGUGCUCAGCUUUUGCCGCGGCUGCUUUCUGGAGUCCGCAGCUGGGUGACAGGCAGGUAGCUUCGCGUGCUGAUCAUUCUUUCUCUUUGCCCGUUCCGAGCCCGGCCAUGCCAGCGCCAGGGGCUCGCCGAAACCUCUGCGAGGUGGCCGUCUUGUGAGAAUGAACAGGUACCAGAUAACUCUGUGUUAACUUUGUUGUGCUUGAAAGACUUCAUCUCUUUUUCCCAUGCAAAGUGAUGCACAUUUUAAGAAAAUGAGCUGAGAAUCAUUUUGACAAAGUGGAUAUAAAAUAAUAGUAGUGCUCUAAUGGAUGACGGGGAAUCUCCUACAAAUGACCUUCAGUUAAACUUGCAAGACCUACUUCAUGCUGACACACAUGUGGAAAGGAUAAAAACUUGCUUGGCUUCUUCAGCAGAUGAAAAUGAAAAUCAGCUUAAUGGCAGCAAGCAUGAGACUCUGAAAAGCAGUGAUGCCACAAUGGGAAGAGUUGAGCAGGACAGCAUCAAUAAUAAUGAAGGGAAGGACAGUGGAGACUACACCUCUUGCUAUCAAGAAGAAGAAAGUGAUACACUAUCUAGGUGUUCCAGUGCCGAUGAAAUGCUCAUUCCUGAAAAGUGCAGCUCUGGAAAAAGGAGUUCAAGAAAAACAAAAGGUUCCAGCAAGCAAGGAGCCAAGCAAGAGAAAACUGACGUUACAGCAACAGAUCAUGUGCAAGAUGAACAUGGGAACAAAAUAUAUGCCAAUUGUCCUCAAAAAGAAGCAACAGAUACUUUGCAGUCCCUUUUCUCUCUCCUUCGAGAAGAGUUUGAGCAGAUGGAUUCAAGAGUGUUACCUCUGUGUCUCCAUCAGAUUGCUGAAACCUAUUUUCAAGGUGGAGAAUAUGAAAAGGCCAUGAAGUUUAUUCAGCUCGAACGGUUAUAUCAUGAGCAGCUACUUGCGAAUCUUUCAUCUGUUCAGCAGCAGUGGGAAAAAAAAUGGAAAUCAACACCAUCCAGUGAAAUUCCAAUUUUAAAGAAUUCUGCUAAAGGUCUGGAUAAUGAAGAGUUAGAUAAACUUGCUGAACUUUGCACAUCACACCAGGAGCCACUUGUCUCCAGAAGCAAGCGAAUAUGUGAAGAAAAAUCCCAGGGACGUGAUAAUUUAUUAGGUUUAAAGAUCUCUGAAGAGUCAAAAGAAAAAGGUGCCGUUGCACGUGAGUCAGAUGCUGAAACUUGGCCUGGCAUUAGACCAAAGAAGGAGGAUCAUCACAAAGAGAGAGAGAGGAGCAAGGGCUUCAAAGCUGAUAGCUGUCAUACACUUACAGAAAGGGCAAGACUUCAGCUAGCUGUGGGGAAGGACCACAUGGAGGAGGAGCACUGCAGUGCUGAAUCAACACUGAAUCCACCCAGCCAGCCCAUAGGGACACAGGGCACGCCUUGCUCUGGCUGUUUAUCUUCUAGAUCUGCGAGUGAAGAUAACAGUCUGCCACUAAGAGAAGAACAGUUCUCUGAGGAUGUAGCAAAAAUAGAAGCAGCUGCUGAAGAGCCUGCAGCAGAGUGCUCUAGUGAGCCAAUGGUAGACACAUUAGUUUUGACAGAUGCUGAUUAUAUGCCUCCUGAUCUAAUUUCCACAGAUGAAAAUGUUCAGUCUGAAAGGAACUUUCUCAGGUCAAAACACUGUCCUGGCUCUACUGUGAUUUCUAGUAGCCAGCUGGGAAGCAGCAUAGUAAACCAGCAACAGCCUCCUUAUGGAAAUGAGAAAAAAUCUGUCCAGGACAGAACUUCAUCAGACAUUAUUGAGAAUGUGUGCUCUGAAAGCAAUAUGCCUGAACAGGCCAAUGUUGCAUAUGCAAAUAUAUCUGAAGGGAUACAAGAAGGAAGAGCAGAACUGGAAGAAGAAGGCAAAAGUGAAGGACCAGAAGACUUCUUUGAUCGUUUUUUCAGUGGCAUGCAAGAAGAUCCCCUCAAAUAUGUAGAUAGCGAAGGGGAUGGGGAAACUAUUCCACACAUGACACCUGAGCAAGCACUUUAUAGUUCGUCAGAAGGUUAUUCACUAGAAGAAGGAUUUUCUUCACUUGACGAACUUGCAAAACGGAUAGAGAUUGCAGAGACUGUUCCUACAGAGGGGCUGGUGUCCAUAUUAAAGAAGAGGGAUGACAGUGAAGGAAAAACACUUGCUCAACUCCAGCAAAGACAGUCCAAAAGAAGAGUGAGAUUCCAAGAAAUGGAGGAUGCAUUAGAUCAAGAGGAAGUUGGAGGUGGCUCCUGUAUUCUGCUGAUCUUGCUGUGCAUAGCAACUGUAUUCCUUAGUGUUGGAGGAACUGCCCUGUACUGCACAUUUGGAGAUGCAGAAUCCCCAGUGUGUACUGAAUUUGCAGCCAAUAUGGACUUUUAUUGUACUCGAAUGCUGCAGAGUAUAGAGGAACUUAAGCAGUGGAUUUCCUUCUCAUAGAGGAUAUGAAUACGAACAUCUUGUUGACAGCUCACGGACACUUACUGAAGAGUGCGAGAGAUACUGCAAGCUUCUUAAAACAUGGCACUUUCAAAUAGUGACAUGAGGUGCUGUGUCAUAAGAAGGUCUGCUUUCCAGAAAUCAGAAGUGAAUACGUGGAAUUCAUGUUAAAUUAUCAUGAAGUGGCAUGAGAGACUGAUAAACUUGAAUGUCCUGAUGUUCACCUUUUUUGGCAGUUGGAACAGCCAUCUAUCCAACAACCUUGGAAAAUGAAGAAAAAAGUGACAGUUCCUACCCUACAGUUUUCAGGCCCCACAUAAUCAUAUGCAAUUUAUGUAAAAGUGCAAGACUGUUGAUUUUUCCCAGCUCUCUGUGCAAAAAUGUUGUCUCCAACUAUCAUGCAAUAAGGCCAUGCUUUAUGGGAAAGUACCUUAUUUUUAAAGUCUUAAUGUCUGUCUUGAUUUUUAAUUGUCCUAGUGAGUUAUGUAACUUGAUUGGAGUGGUGCAGCAGAAAUUGGAGCCCUCAGUCUAGGUGUUAAUUAGCCUUCCAUUUAAUUAAGUAGCAGCCAUAAUGGGUAAUGCAUCCAGUCCUCCAUAUACAGCCAUGGCAAACAAUGUGGAGUUUUUAGAUGCUUGUAAAGUUUUUAAAAAAUUAAUUAAAAAAAGAUUCACUCACUAAACAGAACAAAUAAGACACAUCAAUAAGUUUUAUUGCCAAUAAUAAAUUAUACAAUGCACAUCACUUAUAAAGGGCCAUCUUGCAUGUUACAAGGUGUACACCUCUGACGUUUUAAGCUUGCAUCUAAAAAGAAGUGUGAAUGUAAAACAUGUUUGCAAACACAAGCAUCAUACAGGUAGAGUUAUCAGGGAGCUGUUAUUGAGGUACAGUUACCAGGGAGCUGUUAUUGGCUAAAGGACCCCAUUGAGUUUACACUCAGUGGCAAACUUCUGAGGAAAGUGGGUUUCCUCUGUGUAAUGUUACAUAGGUAUUAGCCAUUGAGCCUAGAAUUUAACCAUUGCACCUAGACUACGAUAUUCAGAGGCACAGUUUAAUAAAAUUGGGCAAAUUUCUGUUUUAAGUAUGUUAUUUGUAGGGAAUAAAGAUAAUCCCAUUUAUCCUCCCCCUCCACAGUGUCCAUCAUGAAGUCUGGUAACUUUGUCAAGUAUCCAUUGUCGGACUCCUAAACUUUUGUCUGAUUCCCUAAACUAGGGCUGGCUCCUAGAUCCAAAUAAAUUUGUCAAGGUCUGUCUUAUUGGUUUCUAAUAAAAGUGGACUGUACCCAAAACUAGAAGCAAAUUAAGAUAGAAGUUGAGAUGCAUGUAUGCAAUAGAUUUAUGUUGGUCCAAAUUAUGAAGGGAAAACUAAAUUCUGAAAAAUCAUUCAUUUGAAUAAAGAUAUAAACUUGUCCAUUUAAUACCUGAAAUACAUGCCACAAAUUAAGUGAAAAGAUGUGGUUGUUGGCUUUGCUCUGUGGAACCAAUAUUUAAUAGGAACAAUCCCAGUUAUUCAGUUGCCCAAACCCUACUCAGCCAUUCAAAAUAAUGCCCUCAACAAGCUUACAAGUGCCAAAAGCGGGUUGGAAACCCCACCCUGGUACAUCAUUUACCUCCAUCAUGCUGCUCACAGAAACUAUAGUAUUUGUCUACAGAAGGAAGCGCCAUAACCACAACAGCAGGCACUUCUGUGAUCUGCAGUCUGAAUUGCCCCAGACUGCUGAUCACAGAAGUACUAUAGAUAAAUGCCACUGUAACCAUGAGCAGUACAUGGUGGGGUAGAAACAUGCUGGGGUAGGACUUCCAACCCACUUUGGUGCUUGUCACCGUGUACAAGGCUGUUUUUCCUGAAUAGGGCUACAGUCACUUUCAGAUGUAGGGCUAAAGUUCUUUCUCCUUCACAGUCAUAUUAUAGAUUGUUUCCUUCCAUUUCUGUAGUUGCUCAUUUCUUUAGUUGUUUAGCCCAGCAUUGCUGAACUCUCCAAAAAGUCUUAAAUGUUAGAAUAAAAAAGGAUUACACACAGGCACAAUAGAAAUUAAUGAAGUACAGAAUACCAGCAGCUGAAAAUGACAUCGUGACAUUUUUGUGUUUAUUUCCUUAAUCUUUAGGGAAUGCCCCCCCAUAUGAUCUAAAUAUCUUGUAGACACAUGGCACACGGCACUGGGGCCUCAUGAUCACCUUGUGUGAACUUAUCUGCCUGAGGACUUUCCCACCCCUCCCUGCAUCUGCAGGGAAGAAGAUCAAUAGUCAGAACUGUCUUUUUGGGCCUCCUGUCAUUACUGAUCUUCUCCCUAGGGUUCCCUGAAAUGGUUUGAAAUACUGCUUUAGGGAAGGCACAGCAGAUUCCAUUAUUUCCCUUUGUACUUUAUUUCUGCAGUCAUUACAUGUGAAAGACAUAAGAAGGAAACUGGAAGCAUAGGAAGCUGCCAUGUACUAAGUCAGACCAUUGGUCCAUCUAGUACAGUACAGUCUAGACAUAAGACAUGUCUUAUGCAAACCUUCUCUUAAAGAUGUCUGUCCAAUAUUUUCUCAGUUUCAAAAAUGGACUCUCAUGUGGCAUGAAAGGCUGCUGUUCAGGAAACACAAGCUCAAAGCCCAUUGGGCAAAACUAGUGAAAAACUGGUAGUAUGUUUCAUUGGAUCCAAGCCAAUAUAUUUAUAUUUAUAUUAUUUUAUUUUUUAUUUAUAUCCCGUUCCUCCUUCAAGGAGCCCAGUUCAGUGUACAUGGUUAUGUUGAUCCUCACAUCAAUCCUGUGAGGUUAGGCUGAGAGACGCACGACUAGCCCAUAGUCACCCAGUGAGUUUCAUGGCUGAACGGGGAUUUGAACUCAAGUCUCCCUGGUCCUAGUCCAACACUCUAACCACUACACCAUACUUGAAGUUGCAUGAAGAAACAUUCAAGUUAAAUAUUGGGUAGCUCUCAUGAUGAGUUCAGCAGUGAAGCAAGUGUAAAGGUGGAAUUUCAUUCUAGGAUGUUUUCAAAGAAGAUAAUUUAUAGUAAGGCAUGGUGAUCUGUUUAAAAAGAAAGAGUCUGGUCUGUGCCUGGAUAAUAGACCACCUGGGAAUCUGUGUAUGCAGCUUUGAGUUCCAUGAUGGAAGAAAGGUGGGAUAUAAAUGGAAUAAAUAAUCCCACUGAGUGUGUUCAGUGCCCUGUGUGCACCUAAAAUAACUCUUUGAAUUUUGUCCUUGAUGGAUAGGACAGUUCUGCUGCUUCUUUCUGACAUACUUUUAAGUGUUUGAAAAUAGUUCUAAUGCACUGCCCCAUCUUCCUUUUUUUAAAAAUAGCAUUACAUAUAUCCAAUUCCUUCAGCCUCUCCCCCCAUGUUACUUUUCUUUUGAGACUUUCAUCCUCUUUAUAAGGCUUCUCUUGAAUCCUUAUCCUCAAUACUUAGCCUUCUCCAAAAACAAAAUGAAGGGCCUUACAGCUAUUCUGUAAAGGCGGUCUAGAAAUUGAAUUAAUAAUAAUAGUAGUAGUAAUAAGAAUAAUACUUUACUGGGAACAGCCUAUAUUCUGCAACGCUAUCUAUAAUAAUAACAGCAACAACAUUGAUAAUAAAAUUCAGCCAUCCCAGGUCCUUGGGAAGGACUGGAUGUCUGGAUAAAACAAACCAGUCAAUAACACCUGUCUGUGUAAACAAUAAUAAUAAUAAUAAUAAUAAUAAUAAUAAUAAUAAUAAUAAUAAUAAAUUAAUAAUAAUAAAUAUAAGAGAGUACUCCAGCUGUGGUCUUCACAGAACUGAUUGCAGCGUUGUUAUAACCACAAUUAACAAACAUUUGUGGCCCAGUUUAUCAACAUGAUAAGUUUUGGCUUUCUAGUAGUAGCAAUCCCUUCCUAAUUUUUCUAUUUACAAAUUUUAAUCCCAAGUAGUUACUAACAAUACUGUCUGACAUCCUGAGUACUGAAGCAUGCAUGUAAGCAGCGGCUUUGUGCAUGCAGUGGGAUUGCCCCUGAAGCCCCAUUACUUCCCGUAUCCAUGCAUGUUUCCACAACUGAGCUACCCACUUCUCCCAAAACCCUCUGUCACAGCCAGAAACACAACGUGUUUCUGCUGUGACAGAGGGUUUUGAGAACACAGGAGGGCACUCUGGGAGAUGUGCCCACUGGCACAAAAACAGACACGUAAGAGAACUGACAGAGCUGCCGGGGUGGACCUGCUGCAAGAGCAAAGCUGCUGUUUAGACGCAUGCUUUGGUAGACAGGAUGUCAACCACUGAAUCUAUCUCAGACCAUACCCUGGCCUUCAUUCAAACUAGUGUUGCAUUAGCAUAAUGUUGUUGUGCUAACACAAGAACAUAGCACAAUGACAUUGUGCAAAGCACAUCUGUUUCUCACUAGUUCUGCAGUGGAAGAUGUUAAGUGGGGCAGCGUCACAGACUACCACAACUUUGGGCAGCUCCCCAUAGCGCUAACACAACAGUAGUCUGGAUAUCAGUCCCUGCUUGGAACCUCUUGCCUACACAAGCAUUAUUCAUUAAGGGUGUUGUUUUUUAAUGUCCAUUGUAUGGUGACUCCUUCUAGUCCACACUUCCCAAGCUUUCCGAAGAGAAUGUUUUGUGGGACUAGGGAAGAUAAAAAUCAAUAUAUGCCCAUUGCAAAUCAUUUAUACUUUAUUACUACAAUAUGAAGACACAUGUUAACUCUUAAAAACAAACAAUAAUUUUAAUUAUUACACAAAUUAUACACAUUAUUACAUACUUUGAGCAGAUAAAUCCUGAAUUCCCUCACUAUCAGGUAGAAAGAACCACACAUAACAACAAAAAAUAUAUUUGGACUGCAAAACCAGAAUAUCAUUGCUAUUUCUUCUACUGUUGGAUACUGGUGAAAUUAAGGGCUGGGUACUUCUGUGUCUUCAGCACUCCAUGCACUCCACUGAAGAUGUUACAUACUUACUAGUGCUAUAUGAUGCAAUGUAUACAGAUAUUUAGGCCUCUGCUGUGCAGCAAACAAAUAAUUUAGCAGGUUAAGUGAAAUUAUAAAGGUAAUAUUCUGAAUUAAAACAUUAAAAGGGCAAAAAAAAUUGCAUUUGCAUUGAAUAGUGAACAUUUUGUGAAUCCGUAGCAAAUAUGUAGCAAUCUUAUGUGGCCCUUUCCCCCAGAAAAAUGGCAUUGAUACACUGGUGGCAGCUGUUCCAGACUGUCUGCUAGGUGGCCAGCAUUGGACAGCUAAACCCUUUUCCAUCUCUGUGACAAGGAAAGACAAUGGACCACACUUAGCACACAACUACCCCUCUUGGUGUUUUCUCCUUCUCUGUUUAAUUAAUUGCCAGGGGUGUAUCUUGGAUUGCAUCUCUUCCUCCUCACUCUUUCCCCACCCACUGCUGCUUCCUGCAAGUUUGAAGUUUGGAUCUUUGACUAAUUCACUUUUUUACCUUGGGCACAUCAAUCCCACAUACUUGCAUGGACACAUCUGCCUGCAAUGUUGACCUAGCAUUUUACUUGUAGUGUUAUGCUAGCAUAGCUAUUGAUAUGUUUCAGCCCAAGGCUAGGACCCAAAGAGUGCACUGGCUGUGCAAGAAUGUUUCCAUAUGCCUUUUAGAGCUUUUCUGUUCCAGCACUAGAGAUUGCUCUUGUCUUGAAGCUUCCCAGAGGGUGGGACGUAGUGUUGGUAGAAUGGAAGUAGCUUUCAAAAUUGGGGACUUUGAAGGUUCUCCCAUGUGAUCUUUUGGAUUCUAGCCUAAGGAUGUGUGCUGGCAGAGCAAGUCUUGCAGUGGGGUAGAUAAUUGGCAACUCAAGAUGUUUUGCUUGUGAUGAACAAACUUUUGUUCUGUCUAAACACAGUUGUCCAUGUGCACUCCAAAAGCCUUUUGUGUUACACUAUAGCAAUGCUUGAACACCCUUGAAAGAGGGGCAUGAAUUUAAAAAUGUUACUGGCUGGUUCAGAACAUCACUUUUGUCUGCCCUUGUUUAAUUAGCUUGAUUUGUAAAUUUCAUAUUCUUUUAUUUUGUAAUUUUAUGAUGGAGUGUUGAUGAGCAUGCAUUUGUUAGCUAUAAUGUUGUAUUUAUGAUUACCCUGUAGGUAGUAUGUGUUUGAUUUUGUAAUCUUGAGUUUGGUGUUGGAUAGAGAAUUUGAGUUAAUUUUUAAAGCAUCAAUGGACUUCACCUCCGUUCUAAAUGUUUGUGCACCUGAUCACCAAAAAUGUUGAGAAUUAUAACUUGAAAAUGUUUAUUUUUAAAGUAUGCUAUGUAUAGAGAUUAAGAAAUCUUGUAUUUAGGUUAAUUUUGGCAGAAGUGAGUUUAAAGUGUGUUUUUUAUUGCACAUGUAAAAGAGGAAUGCGACACAGUUUUAAAAUGUCUCACUUUGCACUAGGGUUGCCAGAUGCCCCCCGUUUUUAAGAGAGUAAUUUUAUUUCAGAACAUUGCAAUUCCAUAGAACAUAAUGGGUCUCCCUUAUUUCAGAACACCCCUGUUCCACCAGACUCUAAAGAACAGGCAUCACAGCAGAGUGUCCCUUUAUUUUUGAUAUGGUAAUCCUAACCCAAUAUUAUCUUAAAUAAGGUUACCCUGCUGCCACAAAAUUCAUGCAACAGCUUUCAAAUUACCCACUGUUGAGGCACAGGUAACUAGAGCUGGUGCUAUUUCAGAGCAGUCUUGAUUUGUGCUAAUUCAUUAGCACUAUUCAGAAGCAGUCUAGAAUUUUUUUGGCAUACCUGCAUAUACUGCUUCAUCUCUCUGCUGAACAUGUGAUCCUAAAUUGUAGCUAGAUAUUCCAGUCUGUUCAUAUAUCAAAUUAAAAUGUUGGUGGUACUAAUUAUUGUUUGACAUGAUAGUUCACAUGCUUUGUGGUGGCUUUUCAAAUGAUUGACUGUAUAACUAAUAUUUGCUAUACCUGACCUUCUAAAAUAAUGUUAUCGUCUGUUUCUGUGAUAUCUUGGGUCCUGAUUCUGCAAAGCAUUUUUAGCAAGUCCAACAGACUUGAAAGGGAAUGCUCAUAUGUAAACCUGUGCUGGUUCAGGCUCUAAAUAUGGAAUCUGAGUGAAAUGAAAAGAGUCAAUGUUAGUAUUACUUUUCUAUUUGAAAAUGCUGUAUAGAUUCUCAUUCUAAGCAACACUGCAAAUUACCAUAAAACAGAGAUAAACUAGAAGGAAGAGAAGAGUUUCCCCUGCUCUUCCAUCAUAAUUCAUUUGUGCAAAAGUUGUUGGGCUAUAAGCCAUUUCACAUAGUUGUUUCCUCCUGGGUUGGGUGUGGCUGGAUGUUGCAUGGAAAAUAACAUGGGGAGACAAGAAAGCUAGGACAUUAUCAUUGUGAUGUCCCAGAUUAUACUGUUGGCAAGUGAUAUAUAAAACUUUUCAAUAAAUCUAUAUCUAUAAAUAAUUGGCUUGAUAUUAAGCCAUAUUUAUUUGAUAAAAACAAAAAUGACUGAUUCUGUUUAUAAGGCACAUUCCUUACAAUCACUGCCUUUCAGUCACUACUGUUGCAGAAUAUAUUUACACAUGUGUGUGUGCAUAGGUGGAUGCACAAUCAAUUACUGCCAACACUGGGAAUGGCUUGUUGAGCUUUUUCAGUGAAGAACGAAUGAGAAUCCUAAAGCCAAAUUAGGAAUACAGUGUUUUUUGUGAAUACAGCUAGCACACAUUCUUAUAAACAUAGUAAAAGGGCUGUUACACUCCUAAAAAUAAGAAAACAUGAUAAUUUAGUUAUGCUGUAGUCAAUUCGAAGUAAUUAAUAUUUGUGGUAAAUCUUAGCCUCUGUUUUCAAGAGGAGGAAAUUACUAUUUGAAACCAUCAACCAAGCUUGUGAUUUCUAAACGUAACAAACAAAAAUAAAGUGUCGCUGAAAAAAUGCAUGAAGUAUGUUGAGUGCUGUGAUUAAUAAAGGAUGUAGACCUUUUAAAAAAGCUA